UGCUGCAAAACAUAAUCUAGACAAAACAAUGAAUCUGGAAUAUCUAUGUAAUGAUACGUUUUUAGCUGCACAUAAUAAUUAUUGUAUCGGAAGAUACGAAAGUUCUUUUAACUUUUUUAACCAUAUAGUGAAUAAAUAUCCAAACACAAGUCGAAUACCUGAUGCAAAAUUUUAUUUGGCACUGCAUUAUAAAGAUGGGAAUUAUGUUGAAAAAAAUGAUAUUAAAGCCUCUGAUCUCUUUGAACAAGUUGCACAAAGUAAUUCAAAAUACAAAGACAAUGCAAACUAUCAUUUGGCAAUGUAUUAUGCUGAAAAAAAUGGAAAUAAAGCCUUUUUUCUCUUUAAUCAAGUUUCACAAAGUGAUUCAGAAUAUAAAUAUGAUGCAAAAUAUAUAUUGGCAAAAUUUUAUGAAACUGGACGGGGUGGUGCUAGAAAAAAUUACAAAAAGGCUUUUGAUAUCUACUUUGAGCUUUCAAAAAGCAAUUCACAUCUCCAUGCUGAUGCAAAAAAUUGCUUAGCAAG